UGCAAAUCGGGGCUUCCAGUUUACAUAUGAAACAUAAGUGGAACCGACGCAUCCAAUAAUUUCAGGAUAAUUCAAAGCUGGCAAUAAGUGGAUAGCCUAGUGGUGAAGCGAAGACUUCUUAAAUUUAUACCUUUAGAGCAGCUCGUCGCAGGCAAUCUGGGGGACUAUCGACGCUGCAUUACGAUGAACGGAAUAGUUACAAAAUCGCGAUAAUAAUUCUACCAAGGCUGCUUCAGAGAGUAAAAGACGCUAUACAGACUGUUUAAAACGCAUGAAGGGGUUUGGGAGACGUCGCAACAGCUCGGAUCGCCUCACUUCUCUAUGUAUAAUUUAUUAUCCACAGUCCGACUAUAGCGGAAGAUGCCGCUCUCCGUUUAACUCUAUCAUUUACCUCAGACCAACUUCACCAAAACAUGCAUCACGAGACUCGCUCUUGCAAAUUCACGGCAGGCAGAUAGUAGGCUAAUCGGAAGGCUUGAAUGUAUGUGUAAUGUACAUCGAUUAAUUUCUUGUUUUGAUCAUGAGAGUGAUGCGGUGCUGAAAAUGAGGCCAGACGUCAGUAUGGAGUAAGCGGCGCACGAGACCUGAAGAUCGGUGCAACAUCGGUGAGACGGUGUUUGCAGCACGCGCACAGCCGCAUUUCGCACAUGACUGAGUUCAGUAAACUACGCUUGACGGGCGCCGGACGCUCUACUGGGAUUCGUACAGCCUUUCUUAACUAAAUCUCGAGGCGGACCGCUCUUUUUUUUUUCUUGUCAAACAAUUACAGGGACCUUGAAACUGCAUGUCAGUGUCGCACCAGUAUAAGGGACAUGUAAACGCUCGUGCUGGAAUUAAAGUGCGCGAGAUCGUGUCAUCUGCGACCAGCGUUAUGGACCACGAUGACCUGGAACCGGAGGCUUCGGAUUCCACCGCACACGGCUUUCACGGGGCACACCGGCCCAGGCCCUCCUCUUACCGGGCGCUGCGCAGCGCCGUGUCCAGCCUGGCACGAAUAGAUGACUUUAUCUGCGAGAAGAUCGGCUCAGGUUUCUUCUCGGAGGUGUUCAAGGUGCAGCAUCGUAUCACAGGGCAGGUGAUGGCUCUGAAGAUGAACACUAUGGCCAGUAACAGAGCCAACAUGCUGAAGGAGGUACAGCUGAUGAACCGCCUUAGACAUCCCAACAUACUCAGGUUUGUGGGAGUGUGUGUACAUGAGGGACAUCUCCAUGCUCUGACAGAGUACAUUAAUGGUGGGAACUUGGAGCAGCUGUUGAACAGUGAUGUGUCCCUCUCUUGGUCUGUGAGAAUAAGCCUCAGUCUGGACAUUGCCAGAGGACUGCAGUACCUCCACAGCAUGGGCAUAUUCCACAGAGACCUCACAUCAAAGAACUGUCUGGUUCGCUGGGAGAAUGGACACUGCAGUGCGGUGGUAGGGGACUUUGGUCUGGCAGAGAAAAUACCUGAUCACAGGAAUGAUGCGGAUAAACAGACCUUGGCUGUAGUCGGUUCCCCCUACUGGAUGGCUCCGGAAGUGCUUAGAGGAGAACACUAUGAUGAAAAGGUGGAUGUAUUUGCCUAUGGCAUCAUUCUCUGUGAGAUCAUUGGCCGGAUUCAGGCAGAUCCUGACUUCCUGCCAAGGACAGAGGACUUCGGUCUGGAUGUGGAGGCCUUUCAGCAGAUGGUGGGAGAGUGUCCUCCUCAUUUCUUCAACCUCGCUGUCGUAUGCUGCUACAUGAAUCCAGACAGUCGGCCCUCAUUCACAGAGGUGGUGGCAGAGCUGGAGAAGAGAGAGACUGAUCGAGAGCAGCAUGAAAAUGUGGAGUCUGAAGUUCAGGACUUGUUGUCCCCAAGCACAGCAUCUUCCAGCCAAAAGCAUUCUCUAGACAUUACUGCUGACCCCAGUCUCUGCCGCAGCAAGUCGGAUAUGCUUCCCCCUCCAACCCCUCCCCUGACACAGGCCACACCGAUGCGCGUCAACCCCUUCUCUCAGCGCCAAGACCUCAACGGUGGCCGCAUCAAGCUCUUCGAUACCCCGAGCAAGUCUGUCAUUUCUCUCACUUUCACCCUCCCACCCCCAGACCCCUGCAGCCCCACCUCCAGUGACAAGACCCCACCCUUUUUCCAUAGACGUAGCCAAUCACUGCCCUGCACACCAGAAGAUAUCCAGCCUUUACAUAGCAGUGGUGAAAAGGACAAAUACAAGAAAAAAAAUAGUGUUAUGGAUACAGAUGUUUUGGAACUGAAUCGAAAUCAGACAAAUCCAGUCAAUUUCAGUAUGUUGGACAUGGGGAGGGACAGUUUAUUGACCAUGAGCAAUGAGAGUAUUCUUGACUUGCCUAAUAACAGUGGGCUUGUUGAUACACCCACAGAGGGUAUUAGGCAUUUAGACCCAGAGACAGACGAUGAGAAAGAGAAUCUUGAAAUGAGAAUUCAAGAAGUUGUAGCUGAUGAUUCUGGCCUCCCGAUGGAUCUAGAGUUAACGUCUGCAAACAGAUCUGCUGUAGAGGAGCCUAUGGACUGCACCAGCUCUCCUGAUACACCAGAUGGCCCUGUUCCUAUUUCACCCAAAACCUUCUUCAAUGGCUGGAGCUCCCCUGUCUCCAACGGACCGCCCUGUUUGCCACCAUUAUUAGACAACAAUAACAGCACCAUGCCUGUAACUCAAUCUGUAGAAUGGGGCAGUAACAGCUCCCACAGCGCCACAACCCCACUUACACCUCCAGAACAGGACGAGGUCAUAUCCUGUUCUGGUUGCUGCCUAGCAGGGAUGAGUUUCCCAUCCAUUUGUGCACGCAGACCUCAACAAAACCCUUACAAGAACUUGAAUGCCGAUUCAGCUGGGAAAAGGCUUCUGUGCAAAGCGUUGCCACCCUCACCGGCAGAGCCAAACAUCGCUCUGCAUGGCACGCGGACAUAAUGUCAUUGAUAUGUGCGAUAGCUGCAUGUGAAAUAGGUGAUAAAUUAAAAAGGAGGGUAUUGCUUAAUGUGUUGUCUAAGCUCUUCAGCUGAAAAAUGUCAUUAUAGAGUAAAAAAAUAAUAAAAAAUGCUAUGCAUGAUUUGUUCAACUGAACUUGAACACUCCAUUGGCUUUACCGCCUCUCUAAUGACAUGCGUUAUGUCAAUAUUUUUGUUAUUUUUAAAAUUAUUUGAAAGUUUGUGAAAACACUUUAAGAUGGAAAAAUGGUCAGAUGUAUUAUUUUAUUAAUGACAUUAAAUGAG